AUGCCCCUAAACUCCUCCCUGCUCGACAGUGAACCCAAAACCUUCGUUCGAAAACACCUGCAAGAUCAUAAUCUCGAGCUCACCGUGGACGGCCAAUUCGUGCGAUGGCAGCGAGAUAACCCCAAACAUCCUCGAAACUGGACUGUUCGCCGCAAGUGUUAUGAUAUGGGGCUGAUAUGUCUCUUGGAUCUUUUCAUAACGGCGACGAGUACCGCGGGCGCAGCGGUAGCAUCCGAAGCGCGCGUCGAAUACGGCAUGAGCCAUACGCUCUCCACGUUCUCUUUUGUGACCGUGUUUCUUCUUGGUCAGGUAGUAGGCAGCAUCGUGCUCCCGCCAUGGUCCGAAUCAUUUGGCCGGAAAAAACUCUACAUAAUCAGCGGCGGAUUUAGCAGUCUCUGCUGCAUGGUCAUUGGACUUGCUCCCGUGCUGAGUGUAGCUAUCAUCAUGAGAGUGUUUGCAGGCAUGCUCUCUGCAAUACCAUAUACGAUAGCCGGGGGAAGCAUCGAAGAUAUGUUCAAUUCGCAAGCAAGAAUCUGGGUUGUGUUUGUUUGGACAGUUGCGUCAAAUAUUGGGUUGAUUAUUGGGCCGAUCAUGAGUAGCUAUAUCAUUUCUGGGCUGAGAUGGAGAUGGGUUUUCUACAUCUACGCCACAAUCCUCGGCCUGAUCGCAUGUCUCCUUUGUUUAAUCCGCGAAUCUCGUCCUUCGUUUCUUCUCGCCCGUGAAGUCAAACGGCUACGUGCAAAUGAACCAGCAAUCCCGCCAGCCUUGAACCAUGACCAUUCACCCUCUUUAUACGCCUUCGCCAAGGAUGCCCUCUUCCGGCCAGCCCAGCUCUUUUUCAAAGAACCAAUCAUUUUCACCAUUGCCGUGAUCAUCGCCAUCGCAUUCGCCCUCGUAUACAUCUUUACUGAGGCACUACAGCCGAUCUAUGAAUCCAUGGGAUUCUCUUCCUCACAAGCCUCCCUGAUAUUCAUGGCAAUCGGCCUGGGAACGUGUUUCAGCGCCCUAACCCGCGUACUGGAUAAUCACAUCUUCACGCUGCGCAGACGAAAGGGUCAGAUCGUCAAGCCGGAAGACAAGCUUGUUGGCCUGGCUAUUGGUGCACCGGUGCUAGCUAUCGGGUUGUGGUGGUUUGGCUGGACCAUCCCACCGAAAGUGCAUGGCCCAGACGCACCGUGGAUUGUGCCUACCAUUUCUCUAGUCUUUGUUGGCUAUGCUCUGACGGAGCUGGAUACGGUGCUGUAUGGUUACAUCUCAGAUAGCUAUCUGAGCUAUUCAGCUAGCGCCACGGCGGCGGUCGCGUUUCUGCGUGCAAUGCUCUCGGGGACGUUUCCGCUGUUUACGCGGCAGAUGUUUGAUGGACUAGGUGCUAAUAUUGCGGUCUCUGUGCUGGCUGCCGCGGCGACUGUCUUUUGCGUAGUGCCGCCCUUGUUUAUUUGUUAUGGAGAGCGGAUUCGGGGGCGGAGUCCCUUUGCCAGAUAUAGCUUGGAGAUUCAGGAGGAGAUGGGGAAAGAUGAGGAUGAUUUUUGA